GGGCCGGGCAGCGCGAUGUGGCGCGCGCGCGCGGCGGCCGCGCGGGCCCUGCGGGGCGGCGGCGCCGGGACCCCCCGGGCCGCGUCGGGGGCGGCGGCGGAGGCCGAGCUCCGGCGGCGGCUGGAGGGCGAGCUGGAGGACAUCCGAGGCGCCGGCACCUGGAAGAGCGAGCGGAUCAUCGCCUCCCGCCAAGGUCCCCACCUCCGCUUGGCAGGCGGCGGAGCCGGGAUCCUCAACUUCUGCGCCAAUAACUACCUGGGGCUCUCCAGCCACCCCGAGGUGAUCCGCGCCGCCGUGGAGGCCCUCGAGAAAUUCGGCGCUGGGCUGAGCUCCGUCCGGUUCAUCUGCGGUACCCAGAGCAUACACAAGGACCUGGAGGAGAAGAUUGCGCGUUUCCACCAGCGGGAAGAUGCCAUUCUCUAUGCCAGCUGCUUUGAUGCCAACGCUGGUAUCUUUGAGGCCCUGCUGACCCCAGAGGAUGCCGUGCUGUCGGAUGAGCUGAACCAUGCCUCCAUCAUCGACGGGAUCCGCCUCUGCAAGGCGAACAAGUACCGCUACAAGCACAUGGACAUGCAGGACCUGGAGGCCAAGCUGCAGGACGCGAAGAAACAUCGUUUGCGGCUGGUGGCCACUGACGGGGCCUUUUCCAUGGAUGGUGACAUUGCACCUCUGAGGGAGAUCUGUCAGCUGGCCCAGAAGUAUGAUGCCCUGGUCUUCAUUGAUGAAUGCCAUGCCACAGGCUUCCUGGGACCCAAUGGCCGGGGUACCGAUGAGCUCCUGGGAGUGAUGGACAAAGUCACCAUCAUCAACUCCACCCUGGGAAAAGCUCUUGGAGGAGCUGCAGGCGGGUACACAACUGGCCCCAAACCCCUCAUCGAUCUGCUCCGCCAGCGCUCCCGCCCCUACCUCUUCUCCAACAGCCUGCCCCCCGCCGUGGUGGGCUGUGCGUCCAAGGCCCUGGACCUGCUGAUGGAGAGCAAUGCCAUCGCACAGUCCAUGGCUGCCAAGACCCAACGGUUCCGAAGCAAGAUGACGGCAGCUGGCUUCACCAUCUCGGGGAAAGACCACCCCAUCUGUCCUGUCAUGCUCGGGGACGCUCGCCUGGCUGCAGUGAUGGCUGAGGACAUGCUGAAUAGAGGAAUUUAUGUCAUUGGCUUCAGCUACCCCGUUGUCCCCAAGGGAAAGGCCCGCAUCCGGGUCCAGAUCUCGGCCGUGCACAGCGAUGAGGAUAUCGACCGCUGCGUGGAAGCCUUCACUGAAGUGGGACGGAAACACGGAGCUCUGCCUUGAGGGACCAGUGCACGCCUCCUCCAGCACCCUCCCUGCCCACGAUCAAGUGCCUGUGCUGGGGAAAAAAGAUGGAGCAUCGUGCUGCCGAAAGCAGAACCGGUCCUCAAGGCACCUCAACCUGUGGGAGGCUGUGGCUGUUGCAGCGUGCUGGCAGCGGCACUGGCAGCCAGCCCUUGUGUCAUUAAAGGUGUCCUGCAGUGCA